AUUCGAUGCUUAGUCAUCGUUUAUACACAGUACAGUUAUAACUGUACAUUGGUUUUAAUUCUGUAUUUUUAAUACACGUGUUUUAAUUUACAGUUGGUGGGGACACCAACUUCGGAAGUACAACCUGGCAUAUAGAGUCGUACUCUGCCAUUUCGAUUAAAGUCCAAAAAAAAAAAAAAAGAAAAAAUAUGCUAAAAAUUUCCCAUAUUAGACAACUACAAUUAUUAUUUAGGGCAGUUACGAUAACUCAGAGCCAUAGCCAGCUUCCUGGGGCAAGCUAUACCUAUAGAAACGAUGAAUUAAGGUCUCCCGCACUACUAUCUUCACUUGUGAAUAGCACCAGGAGUGUCGGUCUAACGGCUUCUCUGCAAAAAUACAAUAAAAAGGAUGUGGAAUCUGAUAGCGAUGAUGAAGAGGUAACCGAGUUCAAGGAUGAGAGAGACUCAAAGGUUGUAAAGACCAAGGUAAAUUCAUUGCGGGCAGAUUUAAUUUUAAAGGCUGGUCUGGGUAUAGCUAGAAACAAAGUAGAGAAUAUAUUCUAUGAAAGUCGCAUACGAGUCAAUGGCAAGAAACUGCAAAAGAAAAGUGUUCAGCUCCAUGAUGGCGAUGAGAUUGACGUCAUUCGCGGCUUUAGUCAACAAAAUCCUUCUCACCUGGUAAUAUCCCGCGUUAUCAUUCUUGCGGCAGAUCCUCGUGAAGAAGGCUUUAGUGUACAAUUAAGGCGAUACAAGAGUUUGUUAAUAGAAAAUUAUCCGGGAGCAAAUGCAUAUAAAUCAUCAGGCUCUGUGGAACAUUGAUUUGCUUCAAACCAGUUUUGUUACCUCAACAACUGCCUAAUUAGUUUUAACUAUCAAUAUGAGGCCGAUAUUAUGUUUCUUUCCUCUUCUAUGUUAAUUUUUUUGGGAAAGCAGUGUUAAGCGAAACCAUUUUCAAAAUAACUGUCUUGUGUAAUGAAUAUAUUUAUAAGCAUUGAUAAAAGCACACAAAUGAAAGACUCGAUAAAACUUAAAAAAUA